CUCGAGUUGAGAAACAAAACCUGGACAAAUAAGUGGGCAUCGUCCCGGGAUUUUGGCCCGAGCUCUUUCUUGCAUUUGAUCGAAUCGGAUUUGCAUUGCAUCAGUCGCAAUUUCUCCAACCCCCACCUUGGUGCGGCUGAGCCUUCUUCACAUGUUGUUGUUGCGUCUGGUGCGCGCGCCUUUCUCUGUGUUUAUCUGGACUUGUUAGGCUCGACCUUGGGCUGCAACACUCUCUCGCCCGUCUUCUCCCACCCGCUCCCAUUCUCGGUCCCCAGCAGACUUAGACCAUCAUCUCUCUUGUCUUGCCCGAGGCAGUCGGCCAGUUAUUAACCCCUGUCCUUUGUGGCUUUUUCCCUUCCAAUUCGACAGGUCGCAUCCCGGGGCCCGCCACUCUCGCGCAUCUCAGGCGCACUGAUCGCGCCACAACAACAACAACACCACCACCAUGUCUGGCUUCAUGUCCAACAUGCUCUCCCCUGGAGGCAAGGACGGCAACAGCUCCAAUGCCAACCCCAACAGCAGCAGGCUGGAUCUCGGUCGCCCUUCGACGCCCAUCAGGAACAGCUUCAUCGAGCCGGCCAACACCCCAAAGGGCAGCCCAAGCAAGAGGACAGCGCCCCCUGGUGCCCGAGAACUGCCACAGGCCUUUGAGAGCCACCUCAAACUCAACGCCGCCACCACCCUCGACAGCCCCAUCAAGCUCGGCCGUCCUCAGUCCCUCAUCACCCCGCUGUCUCCCACCAAGCUGAGCAACGCCCAGUCCCAUGACCCAUUCGACCCCGACUCCACCUCAGCCGACUUUGUCGACGAGAGCAUUCUCCAGAGAGGCCCGCCUUCCCCCCAGCUCAAGCACCAGGGUCAGGAGAAUACCCCUCCUACCGCCUCCAAGAUCCCCAUCUCCCACAACCAUGCCGCCCAGUCGAGACAGGAGCUCUACAAUAGCCCGCGCGCGCCUCCUCCGGGCAAGAAGUUCGACACGUCCCGCGGCCUGACCGAUGAGGAGAAGGCCAUUCUAGAGAAGCCCAACGUGAGGCGUCUAGUCAACGUCACCCAGCUUUACUUCCUUGACUACUACUUUGAUCUGUUGAAUUAUGCUAGUAACCGCCAGAGCCGCCUCAAUGCCUUCCGCGCCGAAUAUCCUGAUCCGCCCGAGACCGACGAAGAGACCUGGAGGCAGAUGUGGAGCAAAUACACCGGUCGCGAGAGGGCGAAUCUGCGCAAACGCCGCGUACGACUUCGACAGGGUGACUUCCAGAUCCUCACACAGGUCGGCCAGGGUGGCUACGGCCAGGUGUUCCUGGCCCAGAAGAAGGACACGAAGGAGGUGUGCGCCCUGAAGGUCAUGAGCAAGAAGCUGCUGUUCAAGCUGGACGAGGUCCGCCACGUCUUGACCGAGAGAGACAUCCUGACAACUGCCAAGAGCCAAUGGCUUGUCCGUCUGCUGUAUUCGUUCCAGGACGACAAGAAUAUCUACCUUGCAAUGGAAUACGUACCCGGCGGCGACUUCCGCACCCUCUUGAACAACACCGGUGUCCUGUCCAACAGGCACGCCCGAUUCUACAUUGCCGAGAUGUUCUGCUCCGUAGACGCUCUCCACCAGCUCGGCUACAUCCAUCGCGACCUCAAGCCUGAGAACUUCCUCGUCGACUCAUCUGGCCAUGUCAAGCUCACCGAUUUCGGACUGGCAGCUGGCAUGCUUGCGCCUGCGAAGAUCGAGUCGAUGCGGCUCCGUCUGGAGCAGGCAUCAGAGACCUCGGUGCCCUUUGGCAAGCCGAUGGACCAGAGGACCGUUGCAGAGCGAAGGGAUGGAUACCGAUCGAUGCGCAACAACGACGCCAACUACGCCAAGUCUAUCGUCGGCUCUCCCGAUUACAUGGCGCCUGAGGUCCUCCGCGGGGAAGAGUACGACUUCACUGUCGAUUACUGGAGUCUGGGCUGCAUGCUUUUUGAGGCGUUGACUGGCUUCCCGCCGUUCGCCGGAUCGAAUGCCGACGAGACCUGGCGCAACCUGAAGCAUUGGAAGGACGUCCUCAAGCGGCCGGUAUGGGAGGACCCGAACUACUUCCUGAGCAACCGCACGUGGAGCUUCAUCACAACCUGCAUCAACUCUCGAUCCAAGCGUUUCUCCAACGUCAAGGACAUCUAUGCGCACCAGUACUUUGCCGAGGUCAACUGGGAGACGCUGCGGGACACCAAGGCGCCGUUCGUGCCGGAGCUCGAUUCCGAGACAGAUGCUGGCUACUUUGACGACUUCACCAACGAGGCGGACAUGGCAAAGUACAAGGAGGUGCACGAUAAGCAAUCGGCCUUGGAGAACAUGGCCGAUCGUGAUGAUGACAUGGGCAAGUCGCUGUUUGUCGGGUUCACGUUCCGUCACCGCAAGACCGACGAGGGCGGCAGUGCGAGGAAACCGGUGACGGACAACACGUUCGGCACAAUGCUUUAGGGUGGGCAUCGGGCCCUGCGGGUGCCGAUGAAACUCUCGCCCACCAAGGGACCGCCGUGAAAACGUACGUCGGGCAGGGCGAUGUUUGAUAUUGAGAUUGAUGACGUAUUGUUCAUGGACACGAAGCAAAGCGGUUUCUCUUUCUCUCGUACUACCGCUUGCGGUUAUUUUGGUCCGUCUGGACCGUGUAGUUCAUAUGACGCAUUGGUUCGAGGAGUUCAGGGCAACUGGCAGAAUAGACUCGCGAGCCAGGGUCGGAAGGAUAGGCAAAUGACUGGGAACCUUGCCUGUUGGAUUUCUCCGCCGGGGGGGGGGAUCAUGACAGGAUAUGACGAAGGAAUGCGAGGGCGAGCUUAUUUGCCUAUUGUUAGUCGUUGUCUGCAUUCAACACUGUCCGAGUACGCAGCUAUUGUGCUGAACGGUCGCCUUUGAUUAUAACAAAUCGUUGUGCCGAGUUAGGGCCGCCACUUACACGGGGAGAGCUCGCCAAU